AUGGGCGGCCAGGAUUUCAUUGUUGGCGGUUGGAUGGUGAUACGUUGUUUGGCCUGAUCCGCUCGUCCCAUCUGAAACAUCCCGCCAUUGAUCUUGUUGAGCUUUCUUCCUUAAACCCUACAUCUCUAUGCCUCACAAAAACCCUAAUAGCGACGGCAGCAGCAGCAGAAGCUCCGUUUCGACGCUCCUCAGAAACUCCAGGUUGCUUCUUCAGGUCCGGAGAAGAUGAUCGCUCUCGGGAUAGAGGGCUCGGCGAACAAGAUCGGUGUCGGAAUCGUUACCCUCGAUGCCUCCAUACUCUCGAACCCACGCCGCACCUACGUGACCCCUCCCGGCCAUGGUUUUCUCCCCAGGGAAACCGCCAAGCACCACCUGGAGCACGUCCUUCCCCUUGUGGCCGAAGCCCUGGCAGACGCAGGGCUGGACGGACCAUCCAGCAUCGACUGCAUCUGCUACACCAAGGGACCGGGCAUGGGCGCGCCGCUGCAGGUGGGCGCGGUCGCUGCAAGGAUGCUGGCGCUCGCGUGGGGCAAGCCCCUCGUGCCUGUGAACCACUGCGUUGCCCACAUCGAGAUGGGCAGAGCCGUCACCGGCGCCGACGACCCCGUCGUCCUCUACGUCAGCGGCGGGAACACCCAAGUCAUCGCUUAUAGCGAGGGUCGCUACCGAAUCUUUGGCGAAACCAUUGAUAUUGCUGUAGGGAACUGCCUCGAUCGGUUCGCUAGGGUUCUUAAGCUUUCCAACGAUCCUAGUCCUGGCUAUAACAUCGAACAGCUUGCAAAGAAAGGAAAGCAAUUCAUAGACAUACCAUAUGUUGUCAAAGGCAUGGAUGUUUCGUUUAGUGGGAUAUUGAGUUAUAUCGAAGCCACUGCUACUGAGAAGCUUGAAAAGAAUGAGUGCACACCAGCGGACCUCUGUUUCUCUCUGCAGGAAACUCUUUUUGCGAUGCUGGUUGAAAUAACAGAGCGAGCAAUGGCUCACUGCGACAAAAGCGAUGUUCUUAUAGUUGGUGGUGUUGGCUGCAAUGAACGGUUGCAGGAGAUGAUGAGGAUAAUGUGUGCAGAGAGAAAUGGGAGGUUGUUUGCCACUGAUGAUAGAUACUGUGUUGACAAUGGGGCGAUGAUUGCUUAUACAGGUCUACUUGCAUUUGCUCAUGGCAUCACGACUCCGCUGGAGGAAACUACCUUCACACAGAGAUUCCGAACUGAUGAGGUACAAGCUGUUUGGAGGGAGAAGAAGACUUCCAUUCCAAAUGGCAAUGACGAUGCCAUAACAGGUGGUGCCAAUGGCACCUUCAACUCUUGCUAACGUUGAGAAACUAUUCGUUCUUUAGUUGAUCAACUAACAAUUGCAGCAGCAAAGAUGAUAAAUAUUUCCGUAUAAUCAUCUACAACUGUAAACUACUAAACUCAUUUCUAAGUGCAUUGCCCUGCAAGAGCAAGUUGCUUAAGGAGGAUCUAGAACAGGAAGGUGUCGAGUGUUUUUUCUUGUUCUUGCCAUGUGUUGUACUACAUGAUGUCUAUUUGUAUUCUAGGUAUAUUCUUGUAGUUUCUUUUUCUCUCUUACGGAUAAUUUUUAUAUUUGAAUCUACAGCCAUGACUUCUGUC